CAAGCAGGCUACACGAGGAGGCGCGGCUGUUUUUCUUGGGAAAAACUGUAUGCAUUUCUAGUGCAGCGCAGUCACUGAAGAAGAAAUGGCACUGAACCACACUGCAGGAGGCUUGGCGUUCCUCGGCCUCGCCAGCCUCGCGCUGGCGCUGUUGCCAUUCACGACGGCGGCCCAGGCCCAGGUCCAGGCUCAGACGCUCUCAAGGUCAGUACUGCCGGCACAGCCGGCGGAUCAUUUGGUGCCGCCGCCGCUGCCCACAGCGCAGCGUCUCAGCCAUGCGGCAGGAUACUCGGAGGUGGCCGCUACAGGAGUCGCUGCCGUGCCGGAGCCGCCGCCGGGCUUUAUGACGCGCGUGGCCCGCUGGUUUGGGCUGGGCGGACAGACGGCGCGCGACCAGCAGCUGAGCGCCAGCAGCGCCAACAACUACGCCUACCCCAAGCCCGUGCAGAGCUUCGAUGCUGCCGGCAAGCCCUGCAGCCUGUGCAACAAGUAUCCCUGGGUGCCAAUGGUGGGGCAGCAGCAGCAGCAGCAGCAGCAGACCCAUCCACAGCAUCAGCAGCAACAGCAGCAGCAGCAGCAACAGCAGCCGCAACAGCAGGUCCUGCAAUCCUGGCAGGUGCAACAGCAACCCCUGGCCCAGGCAUCGCAGCACCGCCAGCGAGCCGUGCAAUUCCGUGCGCCACCUGCGGCCACGGCGGGGCAGAGUGUCUUCCUGCCCAUCACCGUGCCGCUGCCAGCGCUCAGCCACGUGGCACUGCCGCCGCUGUACAAUGCGCAGCCCUUCCGGCCGCUCGGGCCAGAGCAUGUGGCCGCUCCGUCGGAGGUGCGUGCCAGCACAGUGCCGCCGUUCCGGCCAGCGCCCAGUCCGCGUCCGUACAGCCCCAGCAUUGCCAGUUCCAGCAGCAACUUUGAGAUCGUCCAGAGCCAUCAGCUGACGGACUUUGUGACCUCCGUGGAGUAUCCGGCGACCUUUGUGCCCUCGCAUGCCAUCGAUGUGGGCGGCAGCGCACCCUUCGCGCCCGCGGAGCAGCAGCAGCAGGCGGAUCGGGAGCAGCAGCAACAGCAGCAGCAGCAGCUGCAGCUGCAGCAGGACAUCAGCACUGUGCGCUACCAGCUGGAGGAUCUGAGCAGUGGCACGGUGCACCAGCAUCUGCCCGCCUCGCAGCUGCUCACCGAGUUGGGACACUUUGCGGAGACGACAACGCAGCAGCUGCCACCGGCGGACAACUAUCCGGCGGCAUCCUCCCAGCAGCAGCUGCAACAGGAGCAGGAGCAGCAGCUGUUCUACGCGGAGCAGUACCAGCCCGAGGAGACCAGCACAGUGGUCUACAGCACCACAGAGCAGCCAACAACAGGAGGAGCAGCAGAGGCAGCAGAGGCAGAGGCAGCAGCACCGCCAGCGCCUUUUCUCGAGUUGAACAACCAUCUGGCGGCAGUGCAUCAUCGAGGUGUCUAUCAGCAGCAGCAGCAGCAGCAUCCCCAUCGUGCCGGCAGUCGUGGCAGGGAGACACCCAAGCGGCUGCUCGACUCGCCCAUCAACCAUGCCCCUCCCCUGGGCGUGGGGCUGGCUGGAGGAGCGCGUCCCUUUACGCGUGAUCCCGCGGAUCUGAGCUUUCGCCUCAGUCAGGUGUACAAGCCCACGCCCACGCCGGCCGCGCCCACGCCCACGUCCACGUACGGGGCCAUCGAUGCCAGCGGACAGUAUGCGGGCAUGUCGCCGCCCAGUCCCCAGCAGGUGAUAAUUCCCUACACGACCAAGCAGCGGCCACGCCCCUUCGACCGGCCAUGGGUGCAUGUCCAGGAGCAGCAGUCGGAGCACCACGACGGCAACGACGUGGAGGAGGAGCCGCACGAGCAGCAGGAAUCGAAGCUGGCAGCGGCCACAGUGACGGCCCCACCGCCGCCCAACACGCAUCGCACCACCAAGUACCUGACCAAGAUUCUGGCCACGAAUCUGCGGGAGCUGCUGAAGCGGGAGCGCGAGACGAAGCGCCGGCCCCUGGGCGUGGACAUUUCCCGGCUGCAGCACAACAUCGAUGGCUGGACGGAGCAGGAGUACAACUCGUUGUCGCAUCGCCCCAGCACGCCCACCAUACGGGGCAGAUCCAAGCACAUUCCCACGGAGUAUCUGACGACCACCACCACGACCCCGGCACCGGCUACGGCUCAACAGCUGACGCGCCAAUCGAAGACGACACGCGGCGGCGGCUUCGAGUUGGGUGGCGCCGCCGCCGCCGCCGCCUUGCCCACCAGUGCCGGGGAUCUGUCCACCUCCAUUAACAAUCUGGAGCAGCUGCAUCUGCUGGGGGAGCGCGGCCUGAGGCGCUUCCAGCCGCUGGAAGACAAUCGACUGCACUUGGACUACUACGAGGCACAGCAGCGACCAGGACCACGACCACGACCAGGACCCGGACCCCCUGCCAUGACCACACCCCUGCCGAGCACCACAACCACCGGCAGGACCACCGGCAGGACGACGAUGAUGCCCAGCGAGGAGGUGGCCGUCACGCCGCUCUAUGUGCGGAGCACACAGGCGCCCACGGAGCUGUGGAAGCAGGCCAGGGUGGCCAUUCUGCCGCAGACGAACGAGAAGGUGUAUGUGGUGACGCCACAGCCGCGUCACCAGGCCUACCAUGCGACAGAAGGGCAUCGUGAGGUGUCGGUGUCGGUGUCCGCCGCGGCAUCGGCGCCCCGUCCGGUGUACCAACAGACGCCAGCGCCAGCGCCAGCGCCCAGAUUCCCCAGGGUGCGCCCCACGCCAGGCACAGCGAAGGCGGCCACGCCCACCCUCAGCUCAUCGCAGCUGCACAACUAUACGCCGGAUAUCUUUGGGCUGACGGGUCUGUCCGCGUAUGUGCCCGCAGAUCCCGUGGAGAUUAUUGACGGCAACUCCAAAGUCAUCACGAUUGUGACAGCAGCGCCAACGGCGGCCGCUCUUCAGCGGCCCACAGCAAAGCCAACGAUGUCGCCCUCCCCGAGAUAGAGAGCGUGCCCACCCCCUCACCAAAAGAGAUCAUGGAUCCGCAUCCCCAUCUAUUGUAAUAUAUUUCCACACAACAACAACAACAACAACAACAGCAACAGCAAAAGAGAGAGAACACCCCAAGGAGGCGUCGCGUCCACAUCAAACUUAGAUUUAGAGCAAAGUCUUUGGGAGUGCUAUUUGAUAAGAGAAUGCAGCCCCGCUAGAGAUCCAAGUUAGAGUAUUUUUGCAUUUGGUAGCUUUAUAAACGCAUAGAGAGAGAGAGAGAGAGGAGGAUGGAUACAAGAGAGGAUUAAAGAGAAGGAAAAAGGAUUGAAGAAGUACAUGGAAUGAGAAGUACUUCAAGCAGUGCAUGGAACGAGAAGUACACCAAGCAGUG